CCGGCACAGCGGCGGGAGCGCCAGAGCCCCUCGGCCCGGAGCCCCCGGCCCCAGACAAGGGAACUCCCCCGGUGCGACCGGUCUCGCUCUGCUGCUCGCUGGCUCUCUCCCUCCUUCCCCUCCCUCCUCCUCCUCUCUGCGCUUUCCACCUCCCCUGCUCCUGAGUGAGCGCAGCCUCGGAUGUCCGGUUUCCUGGUGGGUUUUUCACCUGGCAAACUCUGGAUAACUUUGGUGAGAAUUUGCGAAGCGGCUGAGAAAGUUGGGAACUCUCCUGAAGGCGUCUAGGAGCUUCUGCUACCGCAUCUUCUCCAUCCCACGGAUUUUACUGCCUUGGAUAUUGCGAGGGGAGGGAGGGGGGAGAAGGACAGCGAGAGAAGGGGGGAAGAGGAAGAGAAGGAGCCUCAUAAUUUUGCCUGCAUUCCUCCGGCUGCCCCGCGGCCCCGCUCCGCCCUGCACCAUGCACUUGUUGGAGGUGCUCUCCCUGGGCUGCUGCCUCGCUGCCGGCGCCGUGCUCCUGGGACCCCGGCAGCCAGCCGCCGCCGCCGCCUACGAAUCCGGCCAGGGGUACUAUGAGGAGGAGCCCGACGCGGGAGAGCCAAAGGCUCAUGCAAGCAAAGACCUGGAAGAGCAGUUGCGGUCUGUGUCCAGUGUGGAUGAACUCAUGACAGUACUUUACCCAGAAUACUGGAAAAUGUUCAAAUGUCAGUUGAGGAAAGGAGGUUGGCAACACAACAGGGAACACUCCAGCUUUGACACAAGAUCAGAUGAUUCCCUGAAAUUUGCCGCAGCACACUAUAAUGCAGAGAUCCUGAAAAGUAUUGAUACUGAAUGGAGAAAAACUCAGUGCAUGCCACGUGAAGUGUGUGUGGAUGUGGGAAAAGAGUUUGGAGCAACUACAAACACCUUCUUUAAACCCCCAUGUGUAUCCAUCUACAGAUGUGGAGGUUGCUGCAAUAGUGAAGGACUCCAGUGUAUGAACAUCAGCACAAAUUACAUCAGCAAGACAUUGUUUGAGAUCACAGUGCCUCUUUCUCAUGGCCCCAAACCCGUAACCGUGAGUUUUGCCAAUCACACAUCCUGCCGAUGCAUGUCCAAGCUGGAUGUUUACAGACAAGUUCAUUCUAUCAUAAGACGUUCCUUGCCAGCAACACAAACUCAGUGUCAUGUGGCAAACAAAACCUGUCCAAAAAAUCAUAUUUGGAAUAAUCAAAUUUGCAGAUGUUUGUCGCAGCAUGAUUUUGGUUUCUCUUCUCACCUUGGAGAUUCUGAUACAUCUGAAGGAUUCCAUAUUUGUGGACCAAACAAAGAACUGGAUGAAGAAACCUGUCAAUGUGUCUGCAAAGGAGGCAUGAGGCCCUCAAGCUGUGGACCUCACAAAGAAUUAGACAGAUCAUCGUGUCAGUGUAUGUGCAAAAACAAACUUAUCCCCGCUUCCUGUGGGCCCAAUAAGGAAUUUGAUGAAGAAAAGUGCCAGUGUCUAUGUAAAAAGACCUGUCCUAAACAUCAACCUCUAAAUCCUGCAAAAUGCAUCUGUGAAUGUAUAGAAUCUCCCAAUAAAUGCUUCUUAAAAGGAAAAAGGUUCCACCACCAGACAUGCAGCUGUUACAGACCACCAUGUACAGUCCGAACGAAACGCUGUGAUGCUGGAUUUUACUUUAGUGAAGAAGUGUGCCGCUGUGUACCCACAUAUUGGAAAAGACCACUUAUGAAUUAGUGAAGAGAUCACUACUUGCUAUGUUGGUGUACAUUUUUCCAUUAGAACAAAAGAAGAACAGAAACUUUGCUAAUAUUUGGAAUUAAAUGUUCACCAGAGACCCUGUGGGGCUUUCAGAGACAGACUCAUGCUUUUCUCAAGAUGUGGAAAGCAAAUGUAGAAGAUAACUGGGGUUCAUGUUUUGUAAAGAACUCGAUAAGAACUUAUUUUCUGCCAAUGACCAAACAGCCUAGGUUCUCCUUCUUGUGAUUUUUUAAAGAGAUAAUGACUAUAUAAUUUAUUUCCACUAAAACCAUCGUGCAGCAUUUCUGUUUAUAGCAGUAACAAUUGUUAAAGCUCACUGUGAUCAAUAUUUUUAUAUCAUAUGUUUAAAAUAAAAUGGAAAUUGUAUUAUAUAAUAGUGAGAAUGUUUAAUCAUCUGGCUGAAAAGGAACUCGGAUUCAGCUUUAUUUUCAGGGGUUUUAACAGUGGAAAAAGUUAUUAGGAGAAAGCACUUUUAGGAAAGGAAGACUACAGACAUUGCCUCAUACCUUUUGUGUAUGUAAUUUGAAAUAGAAACAGUUGUACUGGAAUUUUCAUGACCCAGUGAUAUUUCUGCCUCUAGAAUGAAACUAGCAAAGCAAAUACAAUUAAUAACUAAUGAAAACAUUGGAGAUCCUGUACAUUGCUUAAGGAUAAGGACUAUGUUUAAAGCACAGCAGCAACUACUCGCAUUCCAAUAUAUUCACCUUCUCUUUUAUUUCUUGCUAAUAUUCCUAAGGAAUAAGAUAAAGUAAUGCCUAUUCAAGGUUGUUAGUGUGAAAGUGGAAAUAACAACACUGCGUUUUGUUUAGUAUAACAAACUACAGUGUAAAUUUUACAGCUAAAUCAUUCAAAAUGCUUUGAUGCGCUUUACUCUCUCAUAUAGCUGGUCAGAUAUCUUGAUCAAUGUAUGUGUAUGCAAAAAUAUUUUGAAGGGAAAAAAAAGCAAUUUAUAUUCCAAUAGGGAGAUAAAAGAACUUAUACCAGUCUGGUGUGGAUUGACAUAGUCUCUACAUUAAAAAAUUCUCUUUUUUUAAGAAAAUGUGAAAUCAAAUAUCUGCAAUUAUAAAAAGAAGUAAGAUUUUUAUCUUGCAUGGAAAGAGCAAUCUAUUCAAAAUUAAAAUAUAUCAGAAACUGUUAAAAUAUGGAAAAUUUGUUGGAUGCAGAAGUGGAACAAGCAAAGCUGCAAAGCAAGAUUUUUGUGAAAGGAGUAGGCAGAUCAGUAAAAAUAAUUGUAGACAUCAGUGCUGGUUCUAAGCAGCUAUUCUUAAAAGAGUUAUUAAUGAAGUAGUAUUAUAUCCUAGAAGGUUGGUUAGGAGAAGUUGCUUUUCUAGGUUCUUGAUGUUUGGAUAUCAUAGUUCCUUAAAGGAGUGAGAGUUGCUUUGAAUUACUCAGUUUCCAUCAUGGGUUGAGGGAGUCUAACAGGAUGAGAAACAGCACUUUCCACUGUAUGCCUAGUAUGCUCAUUUUUCUUCCUCAGAGGAUGGCUAUUUGUUAUCCAAAUAGGCUAACAGAGUGAAGUUUAGGCAUGCAAAUACUGAGGAAUGUCCUUAUUACUAUAUUGCUUCAGGUAGAACUUUGGAUGACAAUUAACACUGAUAUACAACUUAAGCUAUAUAACAACCAACAAUUCCCAUCGGUUGGAUUUGUAGUCAUGCAAAUCAUCAGUGUCUAAAUUGGCAAUGUCAACAUAAUAGCAAGAGGCUAACGAUCAAACUUUAAUUCAGUACUUGUAAAAAUCCAGGCAUCCAUGUCUGUAGGUCAGCUACCUGAAGGAAGCAUAAAAUACCUUAAGAAAUCAAUUGAAGAGCAAACUUCUAUGAAGACUUGAGAAGAAAUACUGUAGGUAAAGCUCCCAAAAUAAGCUUUAAAAUUUCUAUCCCAGCUCAAACAGAAGAGAGGUAGUGGGGGGAAGAACAAACCAAAUCUGGAAUGAGGAAACAUUGAAAACUUCUGGACAUAAGUUAUGCUAAUCACUUAGUAAAACUGAGAUUUAGAAAAACUAAAUUCCUGACUUGUAAAAGUUACCACAAAUCAAAUUUAUGUCUGAGCAAAGUGACUAGUUAACCAUUCUUAAAGUUAUGCAGAUGCGUACAAUAAUACAUGCAAGCAGUUGAUAACAUUUUACGAUUAUCAGGCUUUACAAUUCUGCUUUCUGUGAUAAUAAUGUUUUAAAAAUGCCUUUUAUACAUCAUGAUUAUUACCAUUAGUAUUGGAUACAGACUCCCAUUCUGUGUGAUAAAAUGUGAUUCUGUUUAUCUCCAUACUGUCACAAAAUAAUCUGUAUAACAGGUCUUCCUUGCAUAUAUUAUAUAAAGUAGCUGAUAGGUCUACACCAUUUUCAGUUUUGAUGUGUUAUUUGAUUGUGAUCUUGAAAUUUUCAUCUUCACUUUAUAUCUUAAUUUACUGUUCUUAAAAUAUCUAAAAAUAGGCUAUACAGCUUAAAAGAAGGUCUAACAAGAUAGAUGAUAAUUCUAUAUAGAAGUUAUUCUGCACUAAUUCUGAGUAAAAAGCUUUUAUUGUUAUUUGUCUAAAACCCCUGUACCUUGUACAAAACUUACAAGGUGGGUGGGAGAGGAAGAACGCAUGUAACUGCAGUAAAUCACAUUUAAUGGUAAACAGACUUAUGCUUGCAUUUCAUCAGGAAUUUACAACAGUUUCUGUACUCUUUCAAUAUUGUACUGUAUGAAGACCAUAAAUUAUGCAGAGUAAGCCCUCUCUACCUGUAUUACCAGAAGGACAUACUAUUUACAGUAUAAAACUUCUGAGAAAGAACACAGGACAACCUUCUGAUUGAGUGAUGAAAUAAUAAGAACAAGUGGACCAGCAGCUGCUGUUUCUGGGAGGAAUGCCAGUAUCUUCACAAGAGCAGAAGAAUGGUGUCCUUUCUGGCUAUUAGGUUCAUGCAUCCUUCUAUGUGGAAUCUCAUAACCCCACAUCUAUACACAUCCUGCUAAGGAGCAAAGUUCUUCCUUUUUUACAAAGCUCUACAGAUAGUUUACCUUUAAGGCCUAACUCAAAUGCCUGAGUAGUUUCCUACACAAUCUCAAAUGACUACAAGACAGUACCCACAUCCAACAAAAUCUGUAUCGUGGUCCAGAAAGGAGGAAUUGUCUUUGAAAGACAAGAGAGACGGUGAGAAAAAUGAUGCAUAAGAAUCCUGGACCAGUACUAAAACCAUCUGUUCCCAUUCCCCCAAGAGUGCUGGAAUUGUAGCUAGGCACCAAGCAUACCUGGACAUUUGCGGGCUGCCAGGUAUAAAUGCAAGGUCUACAGAACAGCAGUAUUCACUUGGACAUCUAAGAUGCAAAUGGACCUCUCUCUCUCUCUAAGCACUUGGAUUGAAUACUGAACUUCUACUUCCUCAGUUAAUCAUUUUUAUUACUUGAAUUUCUUUUCUUGUUUCUGUCUGAGAUGUUUAAUUUUUGAAUUACAUUAUUUAGCGAAUUUAGAUAUUACUAAAAUUUUACUAUGUUCUUAUCCUAAGCGGGUUCACUACAUAGUUUUAAUAUUGUUUUAUCUCCAUAGUACUUGCUAAGUUUUCAAAUAGUUGAGUAGUCUAAGUAACCACAUUCUUCUUUUUAUGCAUAUACAAAGACACCUCUUGUGAGAAAAACUUACUCUAAGACUAUUGUUAUACAACUUUCAUAUUAACAACCUUCCCUGCAACUGACUCCAGUCUCACAAAUGAAAACAUUUUGAAUAAAUUCAGUCAUUGUCUGUGUCUCUUUUUACACCUGAGAAGGCAUUUGAUCUCCUACAGUAUGUAGCACUUGCUAUUGUUCUAAAAAUUGCCUCUAUUGGCUCCUCUGUGUGAACGGUUUCUGAAAAUUAUGAUGGUUGAAUUUGUGGUCAAGUCAGUCAUUCUAAGAAAGCUCAUAAAAUCCCUAGAGACUUGCAAAGAACAAUCAAUCCCUACAUCAGGAAGCAAAAAGGAAGUGCCAACCCAGUGGAAAUUUAUUUAUGACAUGUUUGAAGUCUAUUGAAAUAACAAAACACUGGACUUAGCAGUCAUACAGGGCAUAUACAAAGGCAAUGGAAUUAAAUCUUAUUUUCAACAAGGGAAUGGUAUUCAAGUAUCUAUUAAAAAUUGAUUUUUUUUUUAAAGUCACUACCAUAAAAGUUAAAAGAAAAAGGUAAAUGUGUUCAUAUAAAUUACAUUAGGCAUCAGUGAGAAAAUUUCCUUGAACUACAUCCUUGCAGGAAAUUGGCUAAAUGUAGCCCCUUGGCGCCAAACAGGUCAUGAGCUCUGCGUCAGUGCUAAUUCAUUUUUUCUGACCACAUUGUGUUGAGAAAUCCUGAUUCCCAGUGCUGAAGUAUAAAACAAGACUUUGAACUCUAUGGGAUUAUGCAUGUGAUACGCCAAACACUAAUGAAAUCCAUUUCCUUAAAUCUGUAAGGAGUGUGUUUACACAGAAAAUGUUCAAAUAUCAGUAAUUAUUUUCUUUUGCAAAAGUGUCACACAAUUUUCCCUUCUGAAAUGAAAAUUGCAUUUGGAAUGAAAAUACCUAAUACAAGCAAUUUUCUCUUUCAUUUUUGUGUGUUUGUUUGUUUCUGAAGAUAUAACCCAAACUAAAACAUUCAUAAAGCAAAAAUAACCUGUAACUACCUUUUGAAAUUGUUUCAGUGGCAAGC